GGCCUCCUCUGCUUCUCCUCAGUGCUGUUCCUCCUUGGGGUGUGAGUGGGAGUGGAGCCCUUCCUGAACACAGCUCUGGUUGUGAAAAGCUGGAACACAUAGCUCUGAGUGGGCAGGGCCUUUACUUUCCUUCUGCUGGUCACACAGUGCUCCAAGCACCAGCUUUGCUGUGAAUGUGAGUCUUUUUCCACUGAAGUGCUUUGCAUUAACCUCAGUGGCUGGAAUUCACUCCCCAGGCCUUUGUAUCAGGCUUUUCUGCAACAUCUGAGGUUCUGCUGUAUCCAGGUGUAGGAAACCCCAUGAGGAGGGCUGUGCAAGUUCGAAGGCAUAGUAUAGGGCUGAGCGUUUUCUUUCACAUAAAUAAUAAUAUUUUACGUUAUGGGAAAUGGCUACUUUACCAAAGCAAGACAAAGCUGGUUGUUCUCAGAGCUCUGAGGAAGAAGCUUGAAGCAAUUGGUUAAACUUAUUCUUUUUCAGGUGUCCUCCAUCCAUCCAGCACAGCUCUGCAGCUCUGUAUUCGGCACAAGAAAGACGACUGCUUUGAAUUACUAAUUGGGAUUGGUGAUUAUCAGCAGCAUUGCUGCCAGCAUUGGGCUACAGAUGAGGAGUCUGGUGAAAUGCAGCAAGACGGGCCCGCUUCUGGCUGCUGCUGUGCCAUGUGGGAGCUGCAGAGGUCUGCAGCUGUGGCCCGAGGCAGCUGAAGGGUUGGCCCAUUUGGGCACGUGGCCCUGAAGAGCACGGAUCUCCAGCAGGUCUCCCAUCCGGGAGCUGAUGGACAGGGAGGAGAGCAGGCUGAGGGCUGAGCUCUGCGCUGAGAACAGGAGCAGCCGCGACCAAAUACACGCAGUGGACAGCCCUGGGGCAAAUGGAGAGGCAGAGGGCAGGGAGCAAGGGCACAGCUACUGUCCUGGCUGUCCUGCUCUCCUCCUUCCUGCGAGCCACUGGGGUGGGAGCCCUGCAUGGUUCUCCGGUGGCAGAGAAUGGCAGCUGGGCUGCUGAGGAAGCACAGGACAAUGCAUCCACGGAGCACACAUUUUUCUCUCUGGAUUAUCAGCAUGUCCAAAUCCCCUUCGAAAUCACGCUCUGGAUCAUGCUUGCAUCCUUGGCCAAAAUAGCAUUUCACCUGUACAACAAGCUGCCUUCUGUGGUCCCAGAAAGCUGUUUGUUGAUAUUUGUGGGACUCAUCAUGGGGGGCAUCAUCUAUGGCCUGAACGACAAGUCACCUCCUGUCAUGGACAGCGACAUCUUUUUCCUCUACCUGCUGCCACCCAUCGUCCUCGACGCAGGGUACUUCAUGCCCAGCCGCCCUUUUUUUGAGAACAUCGGCACCAUUCUCCUCUACGCGGUGGUGGGGACGAUAUGGAACGUGUUUGGGAUCGGCUUUUCGCUCUAUGGCAUCUGCCAAGUGAGAGCUUUUGGGCUGCGGGACGUGUCGCUGCUCCACAACCUGCUCUUCGGCAGCCUGAUCGCGGCGGUGGACCCUGUGGCUGUGCUGGCGGUGUUUGAGGAGAUCCACGUCAACGAGAAGCUGCACAUCCUGGUCUUUGGCGAGUCGCUCCUGAACGACGCGGUGACUGUGGUGCUCUACAAGCUAUUUCGAUCGUUCUGUGAAAUGCCCGCCAUCAAAACGGUGGAUGUGUUCGCCGGAGUUGGGAAAUUCUUUGUGGUUGGGAUUGGAGGAGUGUUGGUAGGUCUUACCUUUGGGAUGACCUCUGCCUUUACCACGCGAUUCACCAAGGACAUCCGUGUCAUCGAGCCGCUCUUUGUCUUCCUGUACAGCUACCUUUCCUACCUCACCGCAGAGAUGUUUCACCUCUCUGGCAUUGUGGCCAUCAUUGCUUGUGCCAUGGGCAUGAAACGUUACGUGGAGGCCAACAUCUCUCUGAAAUCUCACACCACGGUCAAAUACUUCAUGAAGAUGUGGAGCAGUGUUAGUGAUACCCUCAUCUUCAUCUUUCUUGGAGUGUCUACCAUUGGAGAAAAUCACGAAUGGAACUGGCCGUAUAUUUUCUUCACUGUCAUUUUCUGUCUGAUUUGGAGAGCACUAGGGGUGCUGGUGCUGACCUUCUUUGUGAACAGAUUUCAUGUGAACACUGUCACCAGCAAGGACCAAUUCAUCAUUGCCUACGGGGGGCUCCGCGGUGCCAUUUGCUUCUCUUUGGUCUUCUUGCUUCCUGACUUCCGCAGAAAGAAGCUCUUCAUUGCAGCAACCACUGUGGUCAUCCUUUUCACCGUGUUCGCACAGGGAAUGACCAUCCGUCCUCUUGUAGACUUGUUGCAUGUCAAGAGGAAAAGAGAGAGUGCUCCCACGGUGGGUGAGCAGAUUCACAUUCGGUUCUUGGAUCACUUGCUGGCUGGCAUAGAAGAUAUAUCUGGACACUGGGGACAGUAUUACUGGAAAGACAAGUUGGAGUAUUUCAACAGCAAAUAUCUGCAGAAGUUCCUGCUCCGAGAAUACGACCAGCCCAAAUCAAGCAUUGUGCUUCUCUACGAAAAGCUGGAGCGGAAGCACGCCAUCGAGCUGGCAGAAGCAGGGCAGCUGGGCCAUGCCCCGUCCCACCCCUCCUUGCUUAACAGCAACAGGACUGUCAUCACAGAGAAGAAAUCGGAGGAUACUCUGUGUCCGGAUGGUCUGGAAGACAUACAGGAAAUACUGGCAAGGAACUUGUACCGAAUCAGGAGAACGGGCCCGGCGUACAGCAGGCACACGCUGCCCGGCGAGACGGAGCCCGUGGAGCAGGCCCAGGAGAUCCUGAUCCUACAGCGCCGGAGCCUGCGGGUGGAUGCAAGUGGGAGUGAUAGGAUCAGCCCCAGGAAGGAGAAGGAGGGCUCUUCCCUGGCGCGGGGUGACUCCGACGUGCAGCCCCGGCUGUGCCGCUCCCUCACCGUUGAGGAUGCAGAGAGGGUUCGGGCUGUGAAGCAGAACCGGUCGCAGUCUGUGUGUGUGAUCCCUGCCCGCAGCAAGCAGGAAGGAGCAGGGAAAGAGAUGGCUUCGGAUAUGUGAUGCUGCUGGAUGCCCAGCGUGGAUCUCACUGCUUUGGGGGUGUCCAUAAUACAGCCUGCUUUCUUUUCUUUUUCUCUUUUUUUUAGUCUCUCUCUCUCUUUUUUUUUUUCUCUUUUUGUAAUGGUGACCAGCAACAAGAUCUUAAUGUAAAUAAGAUGCAUAUUGAAAAGGACGGCAUGGACUGGGCAAAAAGAUUCCGAGUGAUCUACAUCGCAUCAUGCUCUCGUUGUGCAGCACCAUGUUUUGAAAGGGAACCAAGGAAAAGGCAAAUAUUGGAUAUUAGGGAAAGUUUAUUCUUAGAAAAAGCGGUGGGAUAUUGGCACGGGCUGCCCAGGGAGAUGGUGGAGUCACUGUCCCUGGAGGUGUUCAAGGAAGGGGCAGAUGUGGCACUGAGGGAUGUGGUCUAGAGUGGUGACAGGCACAGUGGUGGUUGGAUUAAAUGACGUUAGUUGUCCUUCCAGGUGCAGUGGUUCUAUGAUUCUGUGAAAUGAUGCGUGGACAAGCAAGUGCAAGAAAGAAAUGUUUAAUAAAAUGAGAUAUUGGGUCUUCUCAGUAGUCAGCAGGGAUAGAAUAAACAGCAGGGAGCAUUUAGAUUAUAUGUUAGGAGAAACUUUGUAAUCUCAGGGAGAGUUUUGUUAGGCGGUGGAGCAUGCUGCAGGAAUGACAGCAGAAAGAGCAAAAGACCUCUGCUGCUCCUCAGGAACUGGUGAGUCCUCAGUGUGAGCAUUAAUCAUGUGCAUUCCUGAGUCAAAUCGUGGUGUUAAUCAGGUGGAGUGUCUUAGCAGAGGGAACAUCCCACAACAGCACGCGGGUCUUGUAAGGGAAACUUAUUACAGGUGUGUUAAAAGGAGUACGAAUAUUCUUUUAAAAUUUAUUUAAGGAUUAACACUGGGAGAUAAAAUGUCCUAUGGAGAAGCCUGUCAAUUUUGAUCUCUGGUGCACGUAACAUGCAAACUCUCGUACAAAGAGCAGUGCUGGAAGGGGAGAGGGGACAGUCACUGACCCGGGGUCACUGCUCUCACACGGUGCUGCAGCACUGCUGCUGGGCCUCCAACAUCUGCUCCAGAGCAGGCACCAACCAGCACAAAGGUCGGUGCCUGCACCACGAGCAGGACUGCAAAGGCUCUAAGAGGGUUUCUGCUGCCAUUACUGAGACUUACAGUGUUGGAAGAAGCUCGCAUUAGUGUUCUAAUAAAUAGAGAAAGAGGUCCCUAUCCCUCUGCUGUCAGAAAAGGCAUAAUCCCUGCUACAAGAGCAGGUGCAGAGCUGCAAGGAUAGUGCCUGAGGAUGAGAGACACUUCCACAUUUCAGUUGUUUUAUCCAAAGGUGGAGGUAAGUGUCCAAACCUUUGCAUUUUUAUCCUUAGCCAAACCCCAAAGGCUCAGAUUUGGCACUGCAAACAUUGGUGUUUUUCUUUCUCUUCCCCUUCUUCUGCGAUGAAUUCAAGAGCAUUUUUAAGUUGCGCCAGGGGAGGUUCAGGUUGGAUGUUAAGAAAAAUUUCUUCUCUAAAAGAAUGGUGAGGCACUGGCACAGAUUGACCAGAGAGGUGGGGGAGUCACCGUCCCUGGAGGUGUUCAAGAACUGUGAGGAUGUGGCACUGAGGGACGUGGUUAGUGGGCAUGGUGAGGGUGGGCUGAUGGUUGGACUCGAUGAUCUUCGAGGUCUUUUCCAACCUUAAUGAUUCUAUGAUUUAAUCUGAACAAGUGGCAAAGGGACUCUUUCUGAAUUAAGAAUAGAAGUUAUAGGAAUUUGCGUACUUCCCUCCAUGAUAUUUUUGGACCUUGGGAGCCAAUCUCCUGUAUGUAUGAAUGCUCCAUUAGGAGAUCCCUGCCUGGUACCCUGCAGCAUUCAUUCAAAGUUAAAGACACAAAAAUGUGUGCAUUUGCUUUACAAAGAUGUAAGGGUCUCAUUUUUAUUUGGAUAAACUUCUAUAACAGUGUAUUGGAAUAAACUGAUACAUUUAUCUAAUUGCAGAUGGAAAUCAGCCUGGCGUUAGUAUUUUGUGUAUGCGUAUGUGUAUAUGUGCAUAUUUACUGAUUUUUGUAUGAUUCGAUUGUUGUCACUCACUGUCAUGAGUUCUCUGCAAUACUGGUAUGGGUUACCAAGGCCCUUAUCGGGUGGUGGCUGCUUUGGCACAUCUGGAUUCCUUUGUAAUACGGUAGUAAAUGAUAAAAGUGGUUGGAAAAAGCAGGAUGCUUCCAGAAAAUGGGGUCUUUGCGCUACCAAACUUUUCUCUGAUGAUAAAAAAAAUGGACAACCAGGCAUUGGCCUGAUCCUGCGUGGAUCCCAGCCCAUUAACCCCUCCCAACCCAUUAAUCCCUCCCAAUGCUGCUCUGCAGUGCUGGGACCCACAUACCUCUCUGCUGUAUGAACAAUUUGCUUGAUCUGCAGAGAAGACAAUAUUCUGCGCAGCACAUAGUUUCCCAAUGAGUCACUCUGCCCCAAAUUUAACCUCCUAGAUUUUAUGGAUUUUUUUAAAAAGUUUCUUUGCAAAAUAUAAUAGCACAGCCAAAGCUUUCAUGAAGUAUUUUCCAGCUGCUUAGUGGCCAAGCCUUCUGCCUAGUGUGUAUUUCAGCCUAGCAUACAUUUGAUAAUCUGUGCCAGUAUCCAGUGUUGGUGGUCUUAAAAUUCAACAACUGAGUGGAAAACUGUUAAAUGCUUGGGCCUCAGAGCAUGCCUAAUUAAUUCUUUGCAGGGUUUUAGUCCUUUAAAAAGUGUUUAAAACAUGGAUUCGCUGUAUCAUUGAAUAUUGCAUGCUUCUGUGGAAAUAAAUUGCAUCAGCUUGA